GUACUGCCCACUAUGAGCACCCCAUAAACAAAUCCGAGCCUCUCAAGCUUAUUCCUACUACCCAACUCAGAACAAAGCAAAGUUUACUAACGACUCAGUGAUGAUGAGGAGUGGAUGUGAUGUUGUUUGCAGCUGCCCAUUAGUCUCCUUGAGAGAUAUCAAACCAGGUAGGAAGUCUGGUGGUCUCUUUCCAGGAAGAAAAUAUUUGCAUGCUAAUACUUACAAUAACUUUGUUGUUCAAGUUAAAACAUUUGCAUCUCGGAGAAACAAGAAAGUGAAAACUGGGAAAACAUCCAGAACAAGAACUUUACAGAGUACGACAUUUCCUUCAAAGGGCUUGGAGGAUAUAUCUGGAGACACUUCAGAAGCUGAUACCGGUAAUGAUACUAGCACUGAAGAACAAAGUGAAACGUCAGGUGAAAGUACUCCAAUUCCAAUUGCGACAAGAAGUUCUGUCCUCCAAGCUUGCAUCAUUACAUCUGGUUUGCUUCUUGCUUUUGGUGCUUUAAUUCGACAGGCAUCUCACAUUGCAUCAAUAGGAGGAUGGGAAAUCACUGAUGCAUCAAGUGAAGUAUCAUUUGGUUUUGAGAUGUGGCAUAUUGAAUUGAUAGUGGGCCUUGUUGUGUUAAUAACAACUAGCCGCUAUGUCUUAUUGGAAACAUGGCCAGGUUUCGCAGAGUCUAGUCAAACUGCAAAUGGACAAGUUCUAAGUACACUGCAGCCCUUGGAUUAUAUUCUGGUGGCAUUUCUGCCUGGAAUUAGCGAGGAGCUGCUUUUUCGUGGGGCUUUGCUUCCACUAUUUGGACUCAGCUGGGAAAAUGCCCUUGUAGUUGGUGCAGUUUUUGGAGCUCUUCAUUUUGGUAGUGGACGAAAAUAUUCCUUUGCAGUAUGGGCGACAUUCGUUGGUUUUGCCUAUGGCUUAGCAACAAUUGUUUCCUCAACAGUAGUUGUUCCCAUGGUAUCUCAUGCACUGAACAAUCUAGCGGGGGGCAUCCUGUGGUACUAUACAUCUAAAUCCAAGGAAAAGAGUGGAUAAAUCUAAUCACUGAUUCCCAAAGCUAUUUGAUAGUAACUUCAUGGAGCUGGACCUCGGUAAACUCGAAGUGCGAGCGCAUCAGAAACUACUGUACCCAUAGUCGACGAUGAACGAAAUACUGCUUUGGGUAGUGCAGGUAGUUGAGACUUUACCCGAUAAGUGGAAUAUCAACUAUAUUAACUACCAGGCGCAAGGGAGCAUUGGGGAAAAAUAAAAAUAAAAAUCAUGAACAUCUUGCUUUUUCUAGGAUUGAGAAGAUUGCUUGCGGCGGGCUAAUUAAAUUUAGGGGUUGUUUGGUCGAAAGGAAAUAGAGCUGCAACAGCUGUUGGGAUCAAAUUGUAAAAACAAGUCGUACUGUAAUUAAAAAGAGAGAGGGAGUGUGUGUAUGUAUAUAUAUCUAUUAUUUAUUAUUCUAUUAUAUUUACUUAUUAAAUAAAGUUAGCUUUUUGGAUCA